AUGCUGUAUUUGGAACCCACUGCUGGCGCGAUCGAGCUUCUCCGAAUCUGGCGGGACAAAUUGACCCCAAAGGAUGAUGCGGAUGGGCCGCACACCACAGUGGAUCAGUUUAGUUUCAACAGUGCAAUCCGGGACAUGGGUGACAGGCUGCACUGGGAGAUGCUGGAGGGGGAUGCAUUCCCCCCCGGCUUCAUGUUUUUUAAGGACUCGGGGUGGAAGCACCGAGACAGCUGGCACCCAACCCGGGAGCCAGUCAUCGUGCACAACAACUGGAUAAAGGGCGGCGACAACAAGCGCAGGCGUUUUGUGGACGCCGGCCUGUGGAAUCCCUCCGGAAAAUUGGACGUUUCAAAAUGCUCCUGA